AUGCAUGUUUCCAGGAUGACAAUGGCUGAGAAUCAGAUUCAGUUCAGUAAUCACACAUUAGACAAGGCCACAAAGGCCAAGGUAACUCUGGAAAAUUAUUACAGUAAUCUUCUCCUUCAGCAUAUGGAGAGGAAACAGAGGUAUGACAAGUUAGAAGAGACCAUGGAGGCAGAGGGGUUGUCUGAAGCUCAGAAAGCAGAGAAGAGAUUACAACAUGCACAGAAAGAAACAGAGUUUUUGAGGUUGAAGCGGUCCCGACUUGGUGUUGAGGAUUUUGAGCCCCUAAAAGUGAUUGGGAGAGGGGCUUUUGGGGAGGUCCGUUUGGUGCAAAAGAAAGAUACUGGUCAUGUAUAUGCCAUGAAGAUCUUGAGGAAGUCAAGCAUGUUGGAAAAAGAGCAAGUGGCUCAUGUGAGAGCUGAAAGAGAUGUUCUUGUGGAAGCAGAUCAUCAGUGGGUGGUGAAGAUGUAUUACAGCUUUCAAGAUCCCAUGAAUCUCUACCUCAUUAUGGAAUUCCUCCCUGGUGGUGAUAUGAUGACACUACUGAUGAAAAAGGAUACCCUUUCAGAAGAGUGUACAGAGUUCUACAUAGCAGAGACUGCCUUGGCUAUUGACUCCAUCCACAAGUUGGGAUUCAUUCAUAGGGAUAUCAAGCCUGACAACCUGCUCCUUGAUGCAAGAGGGCAUAUCAAGCUUUCAGACUUUGGACUCUGUACAGGAUUGAAAAAAUCCCAUCGCACUGAGUUUUACAGGGAUUUGAGACAAGCAAAUCCAUCUGAUUUCACUAUGAACCCAAUGGAUAGUAAGAGGAGAGCAGAAUCAUGGAAAAGGAACAGAAGAGCUCUUGCAUACAGCACUGUGGGAACUCCAGAUUACAUUGCUCCUGAGGUAUUCCUUCAAACAGGCUAUAGCUCUGCUUGUGACUGGUGGAGCCUAGGAGUCAUCAUGUAUGAGAUGCUCAUAGGAUAUCCUCCAUUCUGCAGUGAAAACCCUCAGGAAACUUAUAGGAAAGUGAUGAACUGGAAGGAUACGUUGGUUUUCCCUCCUGAAGUGCCCAUAUCAGAAGAGGCCAAGGACUGCAUUCUAAAGUUCUGUUGUGAGGCUGAACGGCGUCUGGGAGCUCAUGGAGGAGUGGAGGAGAUCAAGAAAAUUCCCUUUUUUCGCAAAGGAGUUGAUUGGGAACACAUUCGUGAACGUCCAGCUGCAAUCCCUGUGGAAGUCAAAUCCAUUGAUGACACUUCCAACUUUGAUGACUUCCCUGAUGUUGAUCUGAAGAUUCCGUCCUAUCCAACCAACGAAGAGGAAGAGGGUGGCUACAAAGACUGGGUAUUUAUCAACUAUACCUUCAAGAGGUUUGAGGGUCUCACUCAAAGAGUGGGACUGUACCGAUGGCCACCUUUGGCCAGUGGGCCAAUGGCCGAUGGCCGAUUUUCAUCUCAACCAUCAGUUCAGAAGAUCAUGUCCUUGCAGCUAGUGAAACUGUGCACUGCCCUCAUACAGGACAUAUUUGGCUCUGUGGUGAGCAAUGUUGUUCACUUUCUCCUCAAGAGUGGAUCUAUUCCUCUAUCCUUAAUUAAGGUGGAUUUACCACAGGACAAGGUGAAGCAAGCCUUGUGUACCCUGAUUCAAUACAAUCUGGUUACAUUUGAGAUGGGGCUCAGGGGUGUCAUUGAGUAUUUGCUUGCUGUGAAGACUCUGCAUGGUGAUGAAGCAGAAAUGCUGAUUGAGGUCCUUCUUCACCAAGGACGUGCUACUAUGUCUCACAUCAUUUGGAAUGCAGCCUUGAAGUUAAAUAAUGAUGCAUCAAAAAGUGAUGGGAAAACCAUUUCAGUGAUGGCUCUUAUGGAGCUUUUCAAGACAUUGGCAUCCCUGCAAUUCAUUAAGAGAUGCUCCAAUAUCAAGCCAGUUGCUGCAGAUCCUUCAAAGGUGAUGACUCAAACUACAGAAAAGGAUUCAUUCAUGGUACCUGCAAUAGAUCCGAUCAGUCUCCAGCUUGCUCUCCAGGCAAAAGCUGAGAAUUUAGAAUGCCAGCCAGAUGAUGGCAUUUACUGGCAUGUUAAUAUGAAGAGAUUUGAUCUUGAAUUCCGAGAUCAGAUUUUGAUAUCAGCUGCCAGUCGUCGGAUUGAUGAACAUGCAGGACAAUUAGAACAAGUUCUUCUUAAUAUAGCUGAGGAGAGAGGAGAUCCUUGGAAGCCAGAAUCUCCAGUUAUCUCCUUCAUUGACAUCAAGACUCACAUCCAGAAAGUUGCUUCAAAUUCUGAACUUCAUCAGUAUAUGGAUCAGUAUCUGCAUGUCUUAGAGGAAGACAGCAUGAAAUUCAUUGCCAAGAGGGGAGAUGCAGGUGGGGGAGAAUAUGUUCUUACACUAGAAAAGUGCUUCACUCAACUCGCUUGGGCAGCUCUUGAGAGCAUUGUGAUGGAGCGUUUUGGGUCCAAUGCAGCACGAAUCUUCAGGCUAAUCAAGAUCAAGAAAUAUGUGGAGCAAGAUAUGAUUCAAGAGCUAGCAAUGAUAGCAGGGAAGGAAUCCAAGUUGCUUACGUAUAAACUUCUCGAGGGAGGAUUUGUGCAGCUCAAGGAAAUUCGCAAAAGUCUCUCCAACACAGGACCAAAUAAGUCUUUCUAUCUGUUUUACAUCAAUCUCAAUCAAGUUGUCCGAAUGCUUCUGGAACUGAGCUACAAAGCCAUCUUGAAUGCAAUUUGUAGAAGACAUAUGGAAGUGGACGAGCAUUAUCGUCUCUUGGAUAAGCAACAGAGGCUUGAUUCUAUUCUGCAGUCACUUCAGGAACAGAAUGCAUCACAAGAGCAGAUGGAUGAUAUUGAAGAGAUGAUGACUCCACCAGAGAAAGCCCUUCUUGAAAAUGUCCAGGCCAUCACCGACAAGCUUUCACAUUCUGAACUCCAAGUCGAAGAGACUUUGUUCUUGCUUCAAAUGUUCCUUCAUUAUCAAACUAUUCGGUGACAAGCAUAACUGGUGACAGGCAGAAUUGUGAGGGGAUGUGUCAAGCAUGAGUCAGAUGAUGUUGACAUCUCUUCGGUGAAGAAUUUUUGCUUCCCCCCUCUCCCCAACUAUUAUCGUUGGAGAAUAUGGACAUGCUGACUUCUGUGAUUGCCGCCCUAUUUGAAGUUGCUUCGUGAGUCCGAAGCAAAUAAUAUUAUGCAUUGGAAAAUAGAAAAGAGC